UUCUCCGGUGUGGACAUCCGGGUGCGAGUGAGAGGUGGUGGACACGUGGCCCAGAUCUACGCCAUACGUCAGGCCAUAUCGAAAGCACUGGUAGCCUACUAUCAGAAGUACGUGGACGAGGCCUCCAAGAAGGAGAUCAAAGACAUUCUCAUCCAAUACGACAGAACACUACUGGUGUCGGAUCCGCGUCGGUGUGAGCCCAAGAAGUUUGGUGGUCCCGGCGCUCGCGCCAGAUAUCAAAAGUCUUACCGAUAG